GGCAGCUAUGAUGCGUUCAGAAAGUUCUGUUACUGCAGCCAUGUGACUGGGUGAUUCCUAGGAAGGAAGACAACUAUUAGCAGUUUGCUGAGUUCCUCUCUUAUGAUGGCGGAGAAGCCACAUGGAUCUGAGAACCCUCAAGAAGACCAGGAAAAGAGCAGAAGAGACAUCCUGAAAACCACCAAGAAAGCCUGGCCUCCCCUGGAUGAGCCUUCUGACACUGAAGAGGAAAGUCAGUCUUUUGCCGUUCCCAGGCUGGAAGAUUACAAACAAGAAAGUAUUCAGCACUGGCUGGACUCUGGAUUAUUUGUGUCUACAAAUGAAAACUUCCAUCAAGUCACUGACCACACUGCUUCUUUCCAUGAACAAGGAAUGGUUCAGAUGACUGUGAAAGAGUUCGUAAGAUCUCUGCAUCAGGAAACCCCCACCCUAUCCAGAGGGACCAGUUUCAACUCUUGCCAUUCUGCUACAAGUAUACCACAAAGCAUUCCUGAAUUGCUGGAAUUUUGGGAAAAAGAUCCAGUGGAGAUUCUCUUGGAUCUGGGGUUCGGUGCCGAUGAGCCAGACAUCUGCACACAAAUCCCAGCCAGGUUCCUGGGUUGUAGCUCAGCAGCCAGAGGAAUCAAUAUCCGUGUUUUCCUCGAAGCUCAGAAGCAGCGAAUGGACGUUGAGAACCCUAACUUGUAUGGUCGUUUCAAACAGCUGCGGAUCCUGGACCGUGUGGCCAAUGCCUUCUCAUCUUUAUUGAAUGAUCUUAAUGUCCUACAGAGUGAAACAGAAGAUAAAUAUGGGCAAAACAGCGUGCAAAAGACUUCAGUGAAUAGGGCAAAAGAGCAUCGAAGAAGAAUGAGUGAACUUUACAGGAGAUCUUAUGAGCAGAGCAGCAGGAGGGAAUGUAAUAUAGAAACAUCAGAAGCAUCAGAGAUAAGGGAUAGAUUUUCCCUCACUUCAGCAGAGCCAUCCGAGUGCAGAGUGAGCUUAGCAGAAACAGCAAACCACUGUGACCAAAGGAAUUUGUCUCCUUCAGUGGAGUCUCUGUUCCUCCAAGUCCACGACAACUCUGAUCUUUGUCAUACUCCGUGCACUCUUCUGAGCAAGCAGUGGCAUCACCCAUCCAUGCCAGCUGAACAGACAUCUCUUUCCUGUGUGUUUGAGAAAUUCAUAAAGGACAGAAACCAGAAGGAAAACUCAGUUCAUGCCAACAAGCUCAAGAACCUGUUUCGUCGUGCCCGCAAUGCACCAGAUUCCUUUGAAAUGGAAGAGGUCCUGAGCUUUGAAGAAGAGAACAGUAACCCUCUUGAUAUGAAUGCAGGAACUGUAGGUGUCAUGGUGAACAGAGCAAACAGUUGCCAGUCUGACAGCAGUGGCUUCCUGGAGGAACCACUGGAACCACCAGCUCUGCAGUUUCUCCUGCAGAUGCCACUCUUGCCAAGCAGUCAAAGCCCUGCUGAGAAUGGAUGCAUGAUGUCAGAGGACAAGAGCCCCAGCUUGCGGUCUUUUCAGGACUGCCAUCAAGAAUCCGAUGAGUCUGACUCCAAGAGUAUGGCGAGCACAUCUUUUUCAAGUCAAGACUGGAGUAUCAUAGAAGAAAACGUCUCUUCACCUGCGGUGGAGAAAAAGUCUCAGUUUGAGGACAUGAAGGGACCACCAGAGCACUGGGCACCAGGAAUGGCUCUGGACAAGGCCUGCACAGAGGGACAAUGUCCAAGAACAGACCACCACCUGCAGAAGCCCAUACCAAUGCCCUGGAAGGAAAGUGAUGUGGACAGGAGCACAGUUACUUCCAAGUGGGAUUGCACCCCAGCAGUAUUGGUGUCCCACAGCACAGAAAUGGAGGAUGGGUCUCUGAGACCCAAAGGAGCCGGAAACGUAUAUGUGCAAAGCUACCACCAUGAGCCUCAAAGAUCACCUGGGAUUGAUCAUCUUCAAGACAAAUGCUUAUGCAUCAACUCUGCAACACUAGGAAAAGCAGAAAGCAGUCAAUUUUGUCCGAACAUUCACAAUGACUCACUUCCCAAGUCCAAAGAAGUCACAUCUCAUCCAGUUGAGUUUAUUCUAACAUCUAAACAGGUCAUUCCCUACCUUUGUGAAUCGGCUGGAGAUACACCCCAAAGGAAGCCAUGGUGUCUAUCUUUGGAACAAUCGCCCCCUGGACCAGAAUCAGAAAUGGAAAGUUCUCCUUUAAAUGAUGGCUCCAACACUGACAGCUCUAAGUCUUUAUCAAUCCAGUUGUCCUCCAAUAAGCUAUCAGCAAUUCAGAAGAUAGUAGACUUGGGUACUGAUUCUAGAGAAGCAACUUUAGAAUGUACUCAGUGUAACCAUGUCAUCACUGUCAACACAGCAGAACCAGGAAUGGGGACAGUAGCAAGACAAUUCAAUGAUGUUUCUGUGCAGACUGAUAAAUGUGAACCCAGCCUCUGGCAUCGCUGUUCAGCACUAAGUAACAAGGCCUUAUUUUGUGCUGCCCAGACACUCACCAAAUCUCUCUCUCUAGACACAGGCUCAACUACUAUCUGCCCUGUGGGUAUCUGCUGUGCUGUACCUGCUCACUGCCACUGCAUCUGUUGCCAUCACCAUCCCUACUGCCACCCACAGAGACAAAGUCCUACCCCAAUGCCGUCAGCCUGCAAGCACUGUCCUUGCUCAGACGAUCAUCACCCUGAAGCUCAGUUCCUGAAGACCUUGAAAGCCCUGCAAGAAACUACAGUGAGAGAGCUGUGCUCUUGCACGAUCCAUGAAAUGGAGGUUAUGAAGACGGUAUGCCAGAGUUUCCGAGAGCAUCUAGAAGAAAUUGCAGAGCACCAUACAAGACAACAGGCCCUCUUUUCUAAAGACAUGACAGAAGAGGAAAGGGAGGAGGCUGAGGAACUGCAAACUUUACGGGAAGCCUUGCGGCAGCAGGUGGAAGAACUAGAAUUUCAAUUAGGAGACCGGGCUCAGCAAAUCAGAGAAGGGAUUCUAUUGCAGCUUGAGCUACUCACUGGAGAAUCUGAACAAAAUACCAAUCUCCAUCAAUAUAACUGGACCGAAGGAAAGAAUGGCCUGACUCCUUGUGUUAAAAUUCAUGGAUCUAUGGACCCCACAGAUGACUUUUAUUCAAAUGAUGGCCAACAGGCUACUUGUUCAGGGGAAAGCCAUACUGCUGUCUUUUCUCCAUUUUCCUCAGAGCAUAGUACUCCCAGGAUGUCUCCUCUUCCACUGCAGACAGGGCCAGAUUUAUCCCACUUGUCAAAUUGUCCUGUAGAAGAAAAGGACACAGACAUCUUCCUCUAGAAGAGAGUGGAUUUUACAUCCUUUCUGCAAGAUCUAAGACACACUCUUGCCAGUGUAAGAAAAUCUGAAUUUUCCAAAGAGGAAUAUAUCAACCUUUCACAAUUUUUAAAAAUAUUCUAGUCUGUGGGUAAACCCAGGAGAAACUCAUCAUAUUUUAAUAUUCAUUCAGUAUAAUAUAUGUGAGCACCUACUAUGAGUCUGGCAGAAUAUAUCAAAGUAUACAUUAUAUAUAAUCUUUGUUAUGUUCAAAUUUAGAGUCUAUUGAUAGAUAUAUAUAAAUAUAUAUGAAUUUGAAACUGUGAAAUAAUUUUUAAGGAAAUAGAGUUUUCUGACAGAAUAUGACAAGGAGUGCAAUUUAAAUAGGGAAGUUAUGAGGACAUAGUUUGGAAACUGAUAGAAAGAAGAAGAAAGAAAGAAGAUCCAGGGGUCAGAGGUCUGAAACUCUCCAAUAGCCUUGAGUUCACUGGAAACCAGAAGUUUUGAGGAAGCACCUACAAUAUAGCAGGAAGUUUUCCAGUGUUGGACAGAUAUGGCUUGAAACAAGACAGACUGAAUUUUUUCUAUUUAUAAGAGUUGAAUGAAGAGCAAGAGGAAAAGCACCAAUAAAUAAAAUACUUUUCCUACUGAUUCAUGCCAUGGGGAAAUAUUUGAUAAUAUUGUGGAGGGUGAUCAGGAUUGGGAGGGGGCUGUUGAAAAUGUGCAGCUUUCCUCAAUUUGGUCAGAGAAGGCGAACUACUUGGUAGACACAAAUGGUGGUUAAGAAGUGAAAUUUUAGGGAAAGAACAUUUAGAACAGAAGGAAUAAAAAGUUUAAGGACUCUGAGACAGAAACAGUUGCUGAGUACAAGAGCAGUGGAAGAAGAGAGUUGGGAAAAUGUGCUACCCUGUCAACUGUACACAGGAAAAUGUUAACAUUGGUUCUUUCUCCUAAUGUAAUGGAAAACCAUUGAAGAAUUUAUGCAGGUUUGUCAUAUAACAUGAUCACACAAAAAGUUCACACUGACUGCCUUAUGGAAAACCCUCUGCUGUGAUCUAAGCUCUAGUCAGUAUUUACUGCUAAGAGAAUAUCAUUAUAUUCCUUAGGAUAAUAAACAAAACUUUCCAGUUACUUCCAUACAACUAGAGAGGCUAUUGGUCCCUACUCCGAGAAGAAGUAGGAAAGUAUAUACAAAAGAUUCUCCAAGUACUGCAAAAGUUCUAAGUAAACGGAACUUGCAGAAAAGUCCAUGAAAAAGUCACUUUUGAGGGAAGUUUAUAACUCCUAUAGGAAGAUAGGCAAGAUUUCUAGCAAAGAAUCUAAGAAAGCUGCUUCUUUGGAAACUAGCCUUCCUGGAACUGACCGCACUCCUACUCUCUUUGCUUGUUACAGUCUUCGAUUUUCCCAGAGAUGUUCUCUCUGCCAGAACAUCCUUUAGUUUCCUCCAUUGGCCGUAAGCUCUCUGAGUAUGGCACCCUACCUUUAUCCUGAAUUCUCUUACUUCUCUCCGCAUCAUCUUCCUCAAUAUACAUACUCACUCUAUAAAUGCUCUGCCAGAGUUCACAAUUCAUCCAGAAUUUCUGUCCAGUAUUUUCUACUCACUACCACCUAUUCUCGUCUAGAGAACUUGUCUGGACAUCUCAUUCUGCAUGUAGAGCAGAUCAUCAUUUCCCUGAUCCAGGUUAUCAGGCUGAAAUUUUCUGACAAUGGAAUCACUAUUCUUAACAUGCAGAUUUGGAACUACAGAUUGACAGAGUCUACUCCUUCAAAAUCUCCAUCACUCACUUCCCUCGAAAUCAGCCUUUGUUGUGUGUCCUGCCGUGAUGGACCUCCCCAAAACUCCUUCAGCACCAAUUGCCUGGUGAUGGCAAGACCAUAACCCAGGCCCCUCCUAAAUGCCUCUCUCAGCUUCCUUCUCCAAAAUUGCUAAGCUGUUCUCUGGCAGGACUUUCUUAGAUCUUAUUUCACUGGACUAGGGUGAAUAGCCCUGGAAGAACUCCUAAGAUUUCCCAGAGAGUUAGAGAAAAUCUUCUGUGCGCUAGAAUUACUAUGAUCAUCUCAAUUGCCUCAUUUGACUGCCUUGGCCACAGCGUUCUUUGGCCAAGCGUUCUUUGGCUCAGCCUCCAGCCCCAUCUUGGCUCCUGGUAUAUGGUGUUGGAUCUUCUCCAUCUUUCUUCAUACACAUGUAGAUACUUGUUUCCCUUCCAUUAUACUAUUUACUCUUUAGCUGUGUCAGACUGAUCACUUCCAUUUGUUCAGCGUAGACUUUGAAAAGUUUGCUUGUUUCUGUUUUUGCUUUUUAAAAUUUUUUUGCUUUGUUCCUUCCCUCAAAGUCCUAUUGAGUGAGCAGAAAUACACCCAUCAGAGCCCUCCACAUCCUAGCAGCCAUCUACAUGUCGCAGAGCUUAUUCUGUCCACAUAUGAAUCUUAAAUUCUAUUUCCCCGAACCACUUUGUGCCUUCCUAUUUCUUUUCCCAUGUCAACAAAAUGAAUUAUCUCUCCACAAAGACCUAGAAUGGACUUCAUCCUCUAAAGAAACUCAUUUCCUUCCCCGCUUCGUUCCCACCCUCCCU